AUGAGCGCCUUUCUCAAACUCCCCGAUCCACCUCUCCCACCCGCCCUUUCCGCCCUUCGCACCUCAGCCCUCCGCCAGGAACCCGACUCCGGCUUUUCCACCAACAUGCGACCACUCCGCACCCGUCGCACCGCUCACGACUAUCUCCCAAACCCAUAUCUCGUACCCUCUCCCACGCAACCCUUCCCGCCCACCAACCCAACGUCCUCUUCCGUCUUAAACCCCGGCCCCAGUGCCACCCCCGAUGGACACCGCCACAACACCCCAAAUCGCAACUCAACACCCUCCAUCAACCCCACCCCGGCCAUAAACCAAACCAUGAUCCAAGGCUUCGAAUGGUACGUCCCCGCCGACGGAGCGCAUUGGCGGCGUCUAGAACAGGUCCUCCCCAGUCUAGCCCAUCUCGGCGCAACAUCCCUAUGGAUCCCGCCCGCGUGUCGGGCAGCCUCGCCGUCAGGGAACGGGUAUGACGUGCAUGAUUUGUGGGAUUUGGGUGAAUUUCCUCUUCCUCCUCCUGCUGCUGCGGGAUGGUCAGCUGGGGAGGAGGAGGAGAAGGGGGACAGGGUGCGGACGAAAUGGGGUACGAAGGAGGAAUUGGUGAGGAUGGCGGAGGUGGCGGAUCGGGUUGGGGUUAGGGUGUUGUUUGAUGCGGUGUUGAAUCAUAAGGCGGGGGCGGAUUAUUGUGAGAAGGGGGUGUUGGCGAGGAAGAUGGAGGAUAAGGAUCGGUUGGUGGCGGUGGAGGGGAGUGAGAGGGAGAUUGAUGUGUGGACGGGGUUUGGGUUUCCGAGGAGGAAGGGGGUGUAUAGUGGGAUGGAGUGGAAGAAGGAGCAUUUUACGGGGGUGGAUUAUGAUGAUCGGGAAAAGGACCCGGGAGUGUGGAAGUUUGAGGGCAAGGAGUGGGCGGAUGAUGUGGAUGAGGAGUUGGGGAACUAUGAUUUUUUAAUGUUCGCCAAUAUCGACCAUAAACAUCCUGAGGUCAGGGAGGACCUCUUCCGCUGGAUCGAAUGGCUUCCACGGCAGAUGAAGCUUGGUGGGCUGCGUCUCGACGCUAUCAAGCACUACAGCUUCCGGUUUCUGCGCGAUUUUGUUCAUCACGCCAAGUCUGUUGCCCCAGACUUAUUGCUUGUGGGGGAAUAUUGGCGGGAGGACUCGGAAUACCUGGCAAAGUUUGUCGAGUUUAUGGACCACAGGAUAUCCUUGUUCGACGUCCAGCUGGUGUCGAAUUUUAGCAAACUGUCCUCGCAAGUCAACGGGGACUUAAGAACAGUUUUAGACGAUUCACUGGCGAUAUGGAAGCCGGAUCAUGCUGUGACCUUUGUCGUGAAUCACGAUACUCAAGCAGGACAGUCCCUUGAGUUACCCGUCGCUCCAUUCUUCAUACCCCUCGCAUACGCCCUUAUCUUGCUUCGCGCAAACUGUGGCAUUCCCUGCGUCUUUUACGCAGACCUCUUCGGUUCCAUGGGACAACACCCCCAACCCGGAUUUGCCAACUUCAUCCCACCUACCUCCGGCGGCGCUGCCCUGCCCAAGAUGAUGCUUGCUCGCAAACUGUGGGCAUACGGCUCGCAGUACGAUUAUUUUGACGAGCGACACUGCGUAGGUUUCACGCGCAUUGGGCAUCCGGCACAUUCCGGGGGCCAUGGUCUAGCUGUUGUCAUGACGAACGCUUGGGAGCAUGCGAGCAAAAGGAUGUUUGUUGGUGAGCACCAUGCUGGCGAGGUCUGGACGGAUCUGCUUCGGUGGUGUCCUGGACAAGUUGUGAUUGGCACAGAUGGCUGGGGAGUUUUCCCCGUAGGGCAUCGGAGCGUUGCCGUUUGGGUGAACAGCCAGGUGGAUGGUCGGGGUGAGGUGGACUCUUUCGUGUUCGACUUCGAUAUCUACAACCAGAAUUCUCCGCCAACAGAAGAAUCUUAA